UGUUUUUCUAUCCGCUAUUCGUCUGCCUAUAAAUUAACAGGCCUGGCUAGACACAAGAGGAGACUGGACUGAGAAAACAUUCAGCUUGGAAUAUCUACAAAGAGCGAAAGACAGCAAAGAUGAAGGUUUUCCUGAUGCUUGCCCUUGUGGCAUUUACAGGUUGCCAAGCCAGGGAUCCUAUUGAUGCUAUCUGGUAUGAAAUGUCUAAGGUAACACGCCCUUUUGAUGAUGUACUGGCAAAGUUUAAAGAGACUGAACUGGGACAAAAAAUCAAUGCUAAAAUGACAGAAGUUGGCAAUGCAGCCGUCCAGUAUGCUGAGACUAUCCAGGAACACCCUCUGGCCCAGGACAUAAGGACCAAAAUCAUCAAGGAGGCUGAAGUUCUGAGGAAGCGUUUCGUGCAGGACCUGACCAAUGUGAGGGACAAACUGGAGCCCUUUGCUGAGAAUCUCAAGACCCAAAUUGAGCAGAAAGUGGAAGAGCUGAGAACAGUUGUGACUCCCUACACUGAGUCCUAUGACUCUGAUGCUCUGAAAACUACCGUGCUGCAGAAGACCGAGGAGCUCCGGGUAAGUCUGGAGGAGAAAGUGAAGGAGCUGCAGUCCAAGAUCGAUCCCUUCACUGACGAACUCAAACAGAAAGUAGAUCAGCAUGUGCAGGAAUUCCAGAAGGCUGUGGCCCCUCUGAAUGAGGAUCUUCAGGCCAAGGUUGCUGAAAUUCAGCAGGGUCUGGCUCCCUAUGCUGAAAUACUGGACCCAUAUGUCAAAGCCCUGAAUGACCGGCUCACAUCUCUUCAUGAGAUCUUUGUUAACACCUUCAACUGAAUACUGGACUGCAUUUUCCCUUUUAAAAAAACUUGAAACAUCAAAUAUCAGUUCUAUAUAAUGUAUCACAAGAAUACACCUCAAACAAUGGACUCUAUCUACUUGCUAAAAUGCAGUGAAUUUCUCCCUCUUGUAGUUGCAUUAACAUUGAAAUGUAAUUGUUUUUUAUUAUCUAGUGUGGCUAGGUGUAGUGCUGUGUAUUCUUUGUAGAGGUCUUAUGUUGUAAAUUGCUUUCAUUUCUUGCAUUUAUACUACAAUUAAAAUAGUGGCAAACUGA